CACCGCGGAGCCAUGUGGAGGCUGUGCAGCAUGCCCAGCAUUGCAUAGUGCACGGCGUGGCGGGGCGAAGGCGGGGGCGGACCGUACAGCACAGGGGGACGCCGCUCUCGCUCCGCCCGUCAUUCGCGCCUUUGGCGUCGUGACAACCGGACUUGUUGCGCUCGGAGCUUCUCGUGUCGUGUGCACGCCAACCGUAACGUCUCCCGUGAGACGGCGUGCGUUGUGACUGUCCACAAUAAUCUCGGUGGUGUAAAAAUAAAGCCGUCGACAGACGGCGGCGUCCCAAGUUAUAUUUAAAUGAUAGCACGGACAAGGAGCUGGGCUCGCUUCGAACGCUCACCGACAACAUGAGAUUGACCAGUGUGGGUAUGGGUAUACGGUGCGAGUGCUCCGGCGCCAGCGCUUGCCCCGACGGCGCUGCCAACGGUACAUGCGUCACCCAGCCGGGCGGCUUCUGCUUCGUGACCCUGGAGGAAGUGCUCGACGAGAAUGGAUAUGUCGUACGGGACCGCACCUUAGGCUGCCUGCCGCCCGAUGAGUCUGGAUUCAUGCAAUGCAAAAGCAGUCAAGUUCCACAUCAGCACCCCAAAGCGAUCAAAUGCUGCGAGUCAGAUUAUUGCAACAGAGAGCUACACCCUCAGCUGCCGGAGGCUCCGCCUGACGUGACCGAAACGCCAACAGGCAUACACCCCACGCUUCCCGGUAGUCCCGCUAUUUUCGUCGCUGCUGCUCUAUGCGUAGCACUCGUAGCCUUCGUGGCCGCUUUUCUACUGCUCUUCAGGCGACGAAGACGCGGCUGCAAACGACCUCCGUCCCCACCGGCACCCUCGCACCACGCAGAGAUUUCGUCCGGCUCGGGCUCUGGACUACCCCUCCUCGUGCAGCGAACUGUGGCCAAACAAAUACAAAUGGUCGAAUCUAUCGGCAAAGGACGCUACGGUGAAGUUUGGCUGGCGAAAUGGCGAGGCGAAAAGGUCGCCGUCAAAGUGUUCUUUACCACUGAGGAGGCGUCGUGGUUCCGAGAAACUGAAAUAUAUCAGACGGUACUCAUGCGCCACGAAAACAUUCUCGGGUUUAUAGCUGCAGAUAUCAAAGGUACCGGUUCUUGGACGCAGAUGUUACUCAUCACGGACUACCACGAGAACGGCUCGCUCCACGACUACCUGCAGACCGUCGUGCUGGACACGCAUAGUUUAGUGUCGAUGGCGUACUCGAUAGUCAGCGGCCUGGCGCACCUCCAUAUGGACAUCUUUGGGACUAAGGGCAAGCCGGCUAUAGCGCAUCGCGACAUAAAGAGCAAGAAUAUCCUCGUGAAACGGAACGGACAGUGCGCCAUAGCUGACUUCGGGCUCGCAGUGCGCUUCGUGGCGGAGGAAAACACAGUAGAUAUAGCGCCGAACACGCGCGUCGGUACGCGUCGCUACAUGGCGCCCGAGGUGUUAGACGAAAAACUCGACGUCACCAAUUUUGAAGCGUUCAAAACGGCCGAUAUGUAUUCGCUUGGGCUCGUUCUGUGGGAGAUGUGCCGGCGCUGUGCCAGCGGAGACAAGGGACAGUUCGUGGAAGCAUACGCGCUUCCGUACCACGAGUACGUCCCGCCCGACCCAUCUUUCGAGGACAUGCAUGCAGUGGUUGUGGCGAAGAACAUCCGGCCACCGAUCCCCUCGCGCUGGAUGUCAAGCGAGCCGCUGGCAGCCCUGGUGACGGUCAUGUCGGAGUGCUGGCACGCCAACCCCCCGGUGCGGCUUACGGCGCUGCGCGUUAAGAAGACUCUCGUGAAGUACGUCACCGAGACGCACGUCAAGUUAGUGUGACCGUUGUAAAUAUGUGGUUUGUGUACUGUUCCUGUAAAUAUGUACUGAGUACCUACUGUGUGUGUGUGUCGGACGGUGGACUUGCCGAGACGCGACUAGGCUAAGUUCAAAGUUAAGUUCCUCGAUAUAUUUCUAUUUAUUUUUACGUGAAACAAAUAUACCCAUAGUUGUAACGGCCAUCGAUUGUAAAUUCAGACUGACCACCGUUUCGUUUAAAUCUCAGUAUUGUUAAGUUUGUUGAAGUCGGCGGCUCCGACCCGACCGAUAUGUAGAUACCAGUGUACUGUACAGAAACUGUUGCCCCCCCAAUAGUUUUUAUUACAACAUCCUUGUUUAUUCAGCUUGAAUCUCUCGGAUAUUUGUAAUCAUUCGGAUUUGAUUUGUUCUUUGGACUAAUGUUUUUAUUUUACGAUUGUUAUGUAGAACUAAAGGAUUUUAUAGUGAAAAUUUAUUGUCUUCCGUUUUGAUAAGCAAUUUCAAGUGUUCGUGUUGAGGCAGCUUAUGAAGUACUCGGAUUAUGUUCUAUUAUGUAUUAUAAUUGGCCAGUGCUGCGCGGUGUACAUGGAAACAUUAACGAGUUGCAUUGUGAUAUUUUGACAAUAAGAUGCCUUAAAAUACAAAGUGUUGUACAAAAUAUGAUUUCAAAAUUAUACAGUCCCAGUUGAUUAUGAACUGGAUAUACUGUGCACAGGUAGAGACAUUGCUGUAGUGGACCCGUUGUAGAUCGUACUUAAUGUCGAGCAGAAGACUUAUUUGUGUGUGAGUAUUAAAAAUAUGCGCAGUGUCUUAGGAGGAUGCCUUCGCCACGUUUAGUAUUAAAAUAACACGAUUCGUUGUCGUGAUGCACUUGGUCUGGCGGUUAUGGAGCAGGGCAGGAUAGUUAUGUGCCUUAUUUCACAAAUGUAUCUUGAUCUCGGUGCAAAUUCUAUAAAACAAAUAUGUGUUUUGAAAUAUUUAGGGUCGGUAGCGCGCACGUGAGGUCACUAGUGUUGCAGGCGACCAUAGACCAUAGAGUAACCGUUUACCAUCAGACGGGCUAUAUGCAAUGCCAGUUUUGUGGUAUAAAUAAAUUAAAAAGAGUUUUAAAAUGUGUAGAUCACGUUUGCUUUCAGGAAUUCUAUCGCUGAAAAAAAAAAAACAUUUUCUGACAGUUCAAUAUGACAAGAUUUGUAAUUUAUAACACCAGUAGGAUAAUGUCUGGGUUAAAAUUAAUAAUGAUUGAUUUGUGAACACGUAAUCGGCCUAAAUAGUUGAGAGAUUCUGGUUCGAAUCCUGUCGUAUGGAAUUGUGGGAACGUUGAAUUUUAUUUAUUUAUUCUUUAUUGCACAAUAAAACUUUGUACAAGUGGCGAGCUUAAUGCCGUAUGGCAUUCUCUACCAGCUAAUUUUCCAGUCUUAUUAUUUAAAACUAGUUCUCCGUCUCUCGCCCAGUGAAGAAAUGAUACUAAACUUGAAGAUUAUUGUAUUGUCUUCUAUCUGGCAUUACUAUUUUUAUGUGAAGAUGUGAGCCUUCUUCACUUUUCCGUACGUUUAGGUACAGCUGUUCUGAAGCACUUAUAUACGUUAUCAUUUUGAUUUGUAUUUAUACAGAUUCAGUAGAUAUUCUUGACCAAAAUGGCUCUCUAAAAUCACUUAAAUGAAUUGUUAUUGUUGAAUAUUGCAAAAACAAGUGAGUUUUGCAUUAAAACAUUUUUUUUUUAUUUUAAAAGGUUUAUACGAGAUAAAAUACUUCAUCAUUAUUGGUGAUAAAAUGUCAGUAAUUAAUUGUAUCAUUUGUAACGAACAUGUUAAUCCAUUGGAAUUUGCACCGGGAAGUAAAUAUAUAUAUAUACAAAAAAUACACACAAUUGUUUCCUUUUAAAAGGCUGGUGGUUGUAUAAUAUUAUGAACUGUUUAAUUCUUGUGUGUGUUCAAUGUGAGACCAAGUGGCGUAGCAUUUAUUGUGCGCAAGCGCGCCUGUACAGUGUUGUGUAAAUAUAGCGGUUAGCGACAUUGAAUAGGUAUGUAAUAAAUGUUGAUAGAUAAGUUAUGAAUAAAAUAUAAUGGACUUAG